AUGGCUCAAUCUUCUAUGAUGGUCCAAGAUAAGCAAAUGAACAACUGGAUGUUUGCUGGGCAAUAUUAUUGGCCUUUUGAAACUAACAACCAACUUCUUGAAUCUCUCAGGUUGGUAUUCUUUGCACAAGGAUUUCAAGAAUAUUCAUUGAAACCUGAGUCUUCGUCAAGACCUCCUGAGUCUCCUUCCGUGAAACCUUUUGGGAUCCAUAUCCUGAAAGCAGGCAUCCGCAGCAGUUUUAUCCUGUUCUUCAAGUUAUCUAGUUGUCGAUUUCAUGGGACAAGCCAGCAGUCUAUUCCUUUCCAUGAUGCACCGGAAACUGGAAUUCGAGCUCUUGGCACAGGUCCUGUUCCUGACCCCUGCCUUACCUAUGGUAGUUGCAUGCCUCGAGCUCGUUGCAUACAUUCUCAUCACACACUUUAUCCAACAGCAUCAAGUCCACACUUCAGUUAUGUGCCUGCCAGUGUACAUACUCCUGCUCACCACCAUCCAGCUUUGAAUAGCGCACCCCCAUAUGGCCAACUUUAUAAUUCUGUUACUGUCUCCACCCCAUCCAGCCAUCAUGAUCCAGCAGCAAUACAUGCACAUCCAUCAAGUUUGGUUCGAAUGAAUCCUACACAUUCUAGGAUUUGGCAGUCUCAACAGCGUAUGCAAGAAGUCAAUAGGAGAAGGUAUUAUCAGCACAGCGUGCUUAUGCAAAGGCAACAGGAAUUAACCCUGCAAUUAAUGGAAAGCCAAGCACAUGCUACUCCUGCACCUGCAUUUUACCUCUGUCCUGACACGACACAAAAUAUCAGUGCUACUGCUAGUGCGGCUCCUGUAACUACUAGCCAACCAGCUGCGCAUUACAUGCACACUUCCUUGCUGGUACCUCCGGCCAAUCCAGCUAGCAAUCCUGCAGGCCCAUCUGGUCUAAGUGUGUUGCCUUCAGUGAUACCACCACAGCCAUCUCUGCCUACCUCAGUGCCCAGCCAAUCAGUCUCCUGUGCUGCAGAAGCUGAUGCUAUUGCAAUGCAAGCUGAAGCUUUGGUAUCUGGAACAAAUACCGAAGCAGGACACAUUCACCACCAUCAUAUACAUCAACAUCAUUAUCAUCAUCCGCCUCCUCCAAGAUUGCAUCAUUUUAGUGUGCCAUCUGUUAUUGGUCUUCCAACAGGAAUGCCUAUGAGUAUUAGGCCUCCUGAUAUAUUUAGCUUGCCUCAAUUGACUGAGCUUCCUCCUACUCCACCAAUGUUCCACCAUUACAUACCUGUGCUGCCGCGCCAAGUGCAUGCUAGGCUAGAAGACUAUAUGCGAAUCGUUGAUCAGCGAAGAAUGGCUGCAAAUCGUGGUGCAUCGCAAGCUACUAUUGAACGAAACACAUUGCCUCAUAAAUAUAAAAAGGUAGUGAAAUGCAGUGAAAGUGAUGACAAUUUAGAAAAAUGUACAAUUUGCCUUUGUGAAUUUGAAGAUGAUGAAGAUGUUAGGAGGUUACCUUGUAUGCACUUGUUCCAUAUUGAAUGCGUUGAUCAGUGGCUGACUACUAACAAACGGUGUCCCAUAUGUCGAGUUGACAUUGAAGAUCAUCUGAAAGACUUUGGCAUUACUUCGUGAUAUUGCUCUUGCUAUUCCAAAUAUUAUGGCAUAGUGCUAGGAUUUAACUUGAAUGUCGUCGAAUGAUGUUUUAUAUCUUAUUGCACUAAACAUUUCUACUUGAUUGUUUUUCUACAUUUUAUAAGUGUAUCAUCUUCCAAGUAACUACGUUCAAAUGUAACGAACCACAACGAUGAGCUUAGUGGCAUGAAAAUAUGUGUGUUAUUAGCUGGGCUAUAUGGUGCAUUACAAUAGGGUUCCCAUGUGUUUUAAUUGCUAAAUGUUUUAAUUUCUGUAAGUAUAAAAUCUAAUUUUAAUUUGUAUAAAUUAGUUUUUAAAAGUAUUCAAAUAAAUUUCUUUAUAUAUUAAAUUGUCAUUAUUUAAAAUUAAAUAAAUUAAUAAAAAUACUGUUGAAUUUUGCAGAUAAUUAUGAAUGUAUAUGUUUUUGCAAAUUAUUUUGAAUAGAAAUCUCAGAUAUUAGAUUAUAACUGAGAUAGGUGGGAAAAUGCUUAUAAGAUUGCAUAAAAAAUUCAGUUCUGUGAUUUGGGAGCCCUAUUUGUAGAAUCCCAGUCCUGGUCUUGCUUACAGUAUCAAGUGCUAUUUCUGCAUGUUGUAGGUAGUCUGUGCUAUUUAAUUGGCUAAAAUUUGCUGAUUGUGUAAAAAUUAUUCAAAAAUGUAAAACUAAUGCAAAUUUUAAAAUUUCAUCAGAAAGCAUAAUUUUUUUUUAAUAUAGUUUAUACAUUUGUAGCUUGCUUUUUCAUUUAUGUUAAGACAAGUAUUUUAGAAUAAUUGUAUAAUUACUUUAUUAGGAUUUGAAUAGUCUUGUCAUUUUCGUGUUUAAAAAUAUUCUUCCUUUUUCUUAUUUAUGAGAAAAUUUCAUCCAUUUAAAAUGGAAUUCUUUUAACUUAGGACUUGAAUGGAUUCAUGUCAAAAGUACUUUUUAUCUGUGUGUUAUUCAAAAGCUUCAAGAUUGUAGGGUUUUCAUGUUUAACACAUAUAUUUGUUUAUGUGUAGAUGUUUCACGUUUUUUGACACCAAAAAAUGCUUUAUAUAAAUAUUCAAACUAUGUUCCUUUUUUGAAUUAGAAAACUUCAGAAAUGUGUAUACUUCUCCUUCUAAGCAAUUUUAUUUUAAAAAUUCUUCCUCCCAUCUCUUUGUACAGUUUAUAUGCUUUACAUGCAGUUUAUAAAAUUUUUUAAAUUCCAUGUUCAAAAGUAAAAUGCAAAAUUCAAUUUAUGGUUUGCUGCAUUUGUAGACGUAACUCAGAGAGGGAAGGAGCUGGUAGUUCUUAAUAAUCUUUUAGUAUAAACAGAGGACAAUUGAUUUUAUUUUGUAGUUUUUCAUUACCUGACUUUUUUAUUAUUAUUCUUGGAAAUUACAGAAGUAAUUUUAUUUUACUUUAAAAAUUCUACUUUAGAAUUAUGUUCAUGUAAAUGGUAUUCUCUGAGAAAAUUUUUGGGAUUAAUAUCUAGCAAAUAAUUAACAAAUAACCCUAUUGAUCUGGCUCUUCAGGAGCAUUUGAAAAGGAAUGAUAAAUAGAGUAUGAGUGUAUGCAUGUGAUAUAUUUGUACAUACAUACAUAUGCUUUCCCACAAUGUGUGUACAUGUAUAUAUAUGUAUAUAUCCAUUUUCUAUAUCAGUGGUCUUAAACUCAAAUUGCAUUGAGACUGAUUAUACAAUCUGAAAGCAACUGAUGAACCAGAUUUUAAUUUAAAAAAAAAAAAAAAAAAAAAAAAACCUAAUCAACAAUAUACUCAUAAAUAUUUUAACUAAAUUUUAAUUUUGCUAGCUAAAUAUUUAUCAAAAUGUAUAUCAGUGAUACA